UGAUCAUUAAUGUAAAUGAGGGAAGCCCAGCCCUGGCCUCAAACGGAUGUACACAUCCAGCCCUGGCCUCAAGCGGAUGUACACAUCCAGCCCUGGCCUCAAGCGGAUGUACACAUCCAGCCCUGGCCUCAAGCGGAUGUAUACAUUCAGCCCUGGCCACAAGCGGAGGUACACAUCCAGCCCUGGCCACAAGCAGAGGUACACAUCCAGCCCUGGCCACAAGCAGAGGUACACAUCCAGCCCUGGCCACAAGCAGAGGUACACAUCCAGCCCUGGCCUCAAGCAGAGGUACACAUCCAGCCCUGGCCUCAAGCAGAGGUACACAUCCAGCCCUGGCCUCAAGCAGAGGUACAUAUCCAGCCCUGGCCACAAGCAGAGGUACACAUCCAGCCCUGGCCUCAAGCAGAGGUACACAUCCAGCCCUGGCCUCAAGCAGAGAUACACAUCCAGCCCUGGACUGCUUUAUUGAAGCCAUGAAUUAGGCAGUUACUUGCCUCACCUGAUAAUUCAGGCACAAAGCAGGUGCUAAUUGAAAU